CUUUUCCAACACUUUUAUCAACACUCGUUUUCAGCUUCGAUGUGUGUAAUUAAAACGUCAAAAAUUAACGUCAAUGGACUCUUCAGGUGGAAGUGGUAAUUCGCCGUUCCCAAAAUGGCAAAUCGCAAUGAGUGUUGGAGCUGCUGGUGCUAUCGGAUUAGUUGGAUAUUGGUAUUUAAAAUCUAAUAGGAGUCCACUAUUUCAUAGGUUUCGGGGUACCAGUGAAGAGUCAGUUGACGAACCUUCCGUAUCAAAAAGCAAAGCAGUGGAAACACCCUUUGAAAAAGCUCAAAAUUAUAAAGCGGAAGGAAACUCGGCCUUUAAGAACGGAAAAUACGAUGAAGCUAUUCGAUAUUACACUCAAGCAAUUGAAAUAUGUCCAGCAGAUAAGAUAAACGAUAUUGCUACAUUUUAUCAAAACAGAGCUGCUGCAUACGAGCAGCUGAAGAAGUGGAGUGCGGUAAUUGAUGAUUGCAGCAAAGCGAUUGAAUUGAAUCCCAAAUAUGAAAAAGCUCUAUUUCGGAGAGCUAAAAUAAGGGAAACUAUUAAAGAUUAUGAAAACUGUUUGGAUGACAUAACAUGUGUUUGCUUAUUGCAAGGCUUUCAAAAUCAAAAUGCACUCCUUAUGGCAGAUCGUGUACUCAAACAGUUAGGCAAAAUCCAUGCACAAGAGGCAAUGAAAUCUAGGAAACCAAUCAUACCUUCAAAAAUAUAUAUUCAGAACUAUUUUGCAUCAUUUUCUGAUGAUCCAGUUGCAAAGAUUUUACUCGAGGUAGGUGAACCGUUAGGACAAGGAGAGUUGAAGGGAUUUUUGAAGGCCAAACUAGCUUUUGCAACAGGAAAGUAUGAAGAAAUAAUACCUGCAUGCACUGAAGAAAUCAAUUCUAGUGAAUCUGAUAUCAAUUAUAUAGUCGAAUCACUCUAUCUGAGGGCCACAUUUUAUUUCCUUUGUGGUCAGUUCAAGGAAGCUUUACUUGAUUUGAAUAACAUUAUUGAAAAUGAAGAAUAUGAUUAUAAAAUAAGAGUAAAUGCUCUUAUUAAACGUGCAUCCAUUUAUAUGCAGACAGAAGAAUUACAAGCUUGUCAAAAAGAUUAUGAAACUGCCAUUGAAAUUGGACCUAAUAUUGCAGAUGUAUAUCACCAUCGAGGUCAGUUCAAACUUCUUACAGAGAAAAUUGAUGAAGCAAGAGAAGACUUUCAAAAGGCAGUCACCUUAAACCCUAAUUUUCCCAUAGCAUAUAUACAAAAACUUUAUGGUGACUACAGAUAUGCUUUACAAAUCCAAGAUAUGGGUCUCUUGUUUGAAAAUAUGGAAAACUUCAAAAAAGCCAUAAAAAAAUUCCCAGAUUGUACCGAAUGUUACUUACUUUUUGGACAGGUUUUGGCGGAAAAACAGAGUUUUGAAGAGGCGGAUGAUUUGUACAAACAGGCUCAGAAUGUGAACCCAGCUAAUCCAACAAUACUUGUACAUAGGGGCUUAUUACUUCUUCAGUGGAAAAAUGAUAUUGAAGGUUCAGUUAAGCUGAUGAGGGAAGCUAUAGAAUUAGAUAACAAAUGUGAAUUUGCUUAUGAAACGUUAGGCACAAUUGAAGUACAAAGAGGUAACCUCCUGCUGGCUAUUGAGUUAUUCAACAAAGCAAUCGAAUUGGUCAGAUCCGAGAUGGAAGUGGUUCACCUUUUCUCUCUGAGAGAUGCUGCUGCUUCACAACUGAAAGUUAUAAAUCAGAUGGGAAUCAAACCACAAUUCGGUGGUAUAUAAAGAUAUUUUUGGCCAUAUAUUGUUUUGUUCCUUUUGUUGUGAUACACAGUAACAGAAUAAACCAUUCCUACGAUCA